AUGCCGUCACACGCCCACGUUGCUCGCAACCGCAAAUCUUUGCCUCCCGCGGACCGCAUCACGUCCGCGUCGCGUCGUCGCGCCACCCUUCGCGAUGCAUCAUCACUCGACAAUGCCAUCGGCGCGCGCGCUGCGUACACGCGCACGCAGGUGACUGCGGACGACGACGAGGCCCGCUCGUUCCUCGGCGCGGUGGGCACGAGCGCCAUCGCCGCCGGCACCUCAGCUACGAUCGGCCUCGGGAACGUCAUCCAAUGGCGCGUCAUACCGCGUGCUGUGCAGAGCGCGGGUUCGUCCAGGCUCGCGCUCCGCCGUGUGCCCGUGCCCGUGCCCGUGUUUCAUCCCAUGCCAUUCCUGAUCGCUCUGUUCGCAUUCGGACCGAGGACCCAGCCAGGCCUCGCGCUCCUGUCACCGCCCCACGCGCGGCCUAGCGUGGCCGGCAGCGAGUCCGCGAUCUGGACCAUCGACGCGAACACCCUGGGGCUCUCCCCGCUCUGGGUGAACCCUGACGGCUCGCACGUCCGCACGGCACUCGCAUACAGCCCAAGCGCGUCCGACGGCCUCUUCCUCACCGGGGACGUGGGCGCGUACAACGAGGCCCACACAGGCGCCCCGGCAUCAGAGGUGACCCGCUGA